UGAGGCAGGGCUAGGGGCCCUCGCUGGCCCCUGCUUGUAGACCCUGGCUCAACCCCUGCUGCUGCACCUGGCUUCACAUGGGUCUCUGCCUAUGCCCCCCUCGAGCGCUAGGCACCUUCUCCACAGCUGGUGGCAGUGUGCUUUUUGUGCUGGAGGGGGAAGUUGACUGGUCUCCUUUGUGCCUGCCUUUAUUUCUGUCCCCUGCAGUUACUCCUUUUCUGCCAACACAUUGAUGCCUAACACCAGUACAUCUACCAAAACAUGAAGACUAAAACCAAAGGAAAACAGCAGAGGCACACUGCUGACAAAGAAGCAUUUUCCGAGGAGUCAUCAAUAAGGAAAAAAGAACUGGUGAAAUGUUUGCGGCACAAAGAAAGGAGGAAUGGGGGAAACAAGGAGAGCAGCAAGAUGGCUCCAGCCAGAGCCAAGCAUCCUUGGAGCAGUAAGGACAGGCAUUUGAGGAGACUGGAAAGCAACGAGCGGGAGAGGCAGAGAAUGCACAAGCUCAACAAUGCGUUCCAGGCUUUGCGGGAGGUGAUCCCUCAUGUGAGGGCUGAGAACAAACUGUCCAAAAUAGAGACUCUCACACUGGCAAAAAACUACAUUAAAUCCUUGACCUCCAUUAUACUAAAUAUGUCAAAUGGACACUUGCCAGCAGCAGAAGGGAUAGGGGGAGGCUGGGGGUCCAAAUUGUACCAGCAUUAUCAACAGCAACAUGGCAAUGAUGAUAAUGAGGAACAGAUACAAAAAUACUCCACAUAGAUUCAUAGCUUCAGCCAAAACACCUACAGUUAGCUAAUAUCACCAUUCUUUCUCCUUCUGGCAUGAUGCAUGUCAGUACAUAAAGGUUUUAAGAGUUUA